AUAGAUCUCAGUACUAAGUCGAAUGUAUGUGCGGACGGUUUGCUUAAGAGUUCUACAAAAAUGUAUUUACGGUGGAUUAAUUUGUGGUUUUAUUUUUUCAUUGUGUCCUGUUUCAUUUGCUUCGAGACGAAAAGUGAAUUUAUUAUUAAAUCGCCCGACAGAAAAUUAAACAUUCUCGGGAUAUUCCCACAUCCCGGAAAAAGUCAUUUUUUCGUUAUUCAACCUAUAUUAGAAGAAUUGGCCAGACGUGGACACAAACUAACAGUGAUCUCGUAUUUCCCAAGAACGAACAGUAGCAAAGCAAAGGAACCAUUGCCUAAUUAUAAGGAUAUCAGUCAAAUUGAUGAGAAUUAUAUAGUUUCCGAGGAUUCGGUCAAUCUAAGCAAGAUACGUCACUUACCGAUCAUUACUUUGUUAAAGGAAUUAAAUUUGCUUAAAAAUCGUGGUCAAAUUAGCUGUGACAAUGGGUUGAGCAAUCCAAAGGUUCUCGAACUUCUUCGAUCGAAUGAGAAAUUCGACUUAAUUUUCUUGGAGAAUUUCAACACCGAUUGUUUUUUGAGUUUAGUAUAUAAGUACAAGAUACCUUUCGUGGGAAUAACAACUUGCCAGAUCAUGUCCUGGACGAAUAAUCAUAUUGGAAAUCCCGAUGACGAAGCUAACAUACCUUCCGUAUUUGGACAUAGAAAAAAACCAAUGAGUUUUUUCGAUAGAAUUGCAAACCUACUAUGGAUCCAUAUACAAAAUAUUCUAUUUGAUUUCUGGAACGAUUGGUAUCAUCGUGUCCCAGCUGAAAAACUUUUUGGAUCCGAUUUGCCAAAAUUUAAAGAUAUUGCCAAAAAGCAAUCGAUUUUAUUGGUGAACACACAUUGGUCUCUCCAUGGUUCUAGACCAUUACUUCCGAACGUCAUUGAAAUUGGUGGAGUUCAUUUGCCAUCUUCAACGAAGCCAUUACCACCAGACAUUGCUAAGUUUCUUGAUGAGGCAAAGGAAGGUGUAUUGUAUUUUUGCCUUGGAUCUAUGAUCAAAACAUCAUCGAUGCCACCAGCUAAACUUCAGGCUAUUGUCAAGGUCCUCGGUUCUAUACCAAGAAAGGUACUCUGGAAAUGGGAAACUGAUGAUUUCCCUGAGAAACCUGACAACGUGUUUAUCAGCAAAUGGUUACCACAAUUCGACAUACUAAAUCAUCCGAACGUAAAAGCAUAUGUGGGUCAUGCUGGUUUGUUGGGUCUUACGGAAGCUGUGUACGCGGCUGUCCCAAUGGUUCUCAUACCGAUGUACGGUGAUCAGUAUGUAAAUGCUGUGACUGCAGAGUACAGAGGUGUAUCUAUAUUACUCGAAUACGAGGAAAUAAACGAGGACAUCUUCAGGCAUGCUUUAGACGAAAUUUUCAAUAACACCAGGUAUAGGGAUAAUAUGAAAAAGCUUUCAAAGGCUUUCAGAGAUCGACCAGAGAGUCCAUUGGAGACAGCUAUAUGGUGGAUCGAAUAUGUCGGAAGAGGAAAUGGUUUAGCAUAUAUUCGCAGCGACGUAGCGGAACAGCCUUGGUAUCAGCGUAAUCUUCUAGACGUUAUUUUCUUUUUAGUCUGUUUCUCUCUAUUCGUUUUCUAUAUCAUUUAUCGACUGAUUUGCUUCUUUAACAAAGGAACCAAGGCAAAAAUUGAUAAACAAAGAUCGAAGAAAGAAAAUUGAAAUAAUAAAAUAAAAUUCAUCGAAUAUUUGUUUUUAUAAUGUAUAAGACAUUA